AUGGAACAGAAAAUCAACCAAAGGGCGACGAUAGCGUUGGUUGCUUUAUUUGCAAUUGGAAUUCUGCAGUCAAGCCGCCAGCCCAACCACUUCGAAACCAUCGGCGUUCCCCCCAAUGCUCCCCCCCGCGUUGUUUCUUCUGCUUAUCGCAAACUCUCUCUCAUGUAUCACCCGGACAAAAACCCUUCGAUGGAAGCGAAGGAAAUGUUCGCCAAAAUUAGAGAGGCGCACGAGUUGAUAUCCUUGUUCAGCGUUUAA